AUGGACCGAUACCGGAAUAAACAGAUAGCCCCAACAUCGUCGAGUUCUGCCCGAAACGACACGGCCGAGACCAAAGAAGCGUCCUCGCCCAAGUCUGCACUCAGUUUAAGCAGCGUCGUGCGAAUGCGUGACUGCGGAGGACAAAUAGAGUCAAAUAUCAUUGCUGUCCCAGGAUACCGCACGCCACCCGUGCAGACGUGGAAUAUGAAAAGCGAACUCCGGGAAGCAGGCUUCUCGGUCAACUCCUUAUCGUCUCUCCACAUGUACAUCUAUCAGCCUGGUUACGAAGCUUCGGAUGAGUUUACAUGGGAUAGCUUCCUGCGAGUGGGGAGCGAUCUGGCAGAGGAGCUGGCCCGAAUUGCGACUGAGGCCUUGCUUCUGGCACAUGAGAACAUUCAAGAUCCACGAUUCAAGUUGGUGGUAGAAUGCCUCUCUGGGAUUCUUUUUCUGGGAACACCGCAUGCUAGCGUAUCAGACAAGGAUACUUUACUCCGACACAACCAAGUCCUCUACAGCUGCGCCAAGGUCGCGGUCCACAAGCAAGCAUCCAGGCUUCCACGGCACGAUGUGUUCCAGCUAGCAAACCUUGCGGCUGCUUUCGAACAAAUUGCUACUAUUCCUAUCCUGUCGGUCUUCGAAUACGAUGCACCGAGAUCUGGUGUGCCAAAGCUCUUCGGCAAAAAGAGCAAAGCGCUGGUGGAUGAGCAGCUUGCUACCAUUUCCUCCCACGCAGAGCAGCUUCUUGGUGUGCAUCUCACGCAUCCUGAGUUGUGCAAAUUGCCUAAGCUGAGCGACAACUCAUAUUCGGCAAGAGACUUUCUACGAUUUCUGCUCGCCAAUUUUGCGAGUAACAAGAGAUGGUCCGCCGACGCUGCAUCUCUGACAAGCAUCCAACCCUCUCCUGCUGAUCCAUUGAAUCCAUUGAACCUUGCGCCGAUUCCUUCACUCAGGACACAAGAUGUGCCAUCCUGUGUCUCCAAGGAUAUUCCCGUUGCUCAAAAGCGAGCGACGGGGCUCAGUCUGCACUCACCCAUGCCGUUGCAUACCAUGUCCAACAACAGCGACACAAGCUCCCUUUGCGAUCUUGGGACAUGUAGAUUGCCAUGUUUUAUGGUGCCUCAGUCUCGGAAUCCAGAUUUUGUCGGCAGAACGGACAUCCUCGACCGGAUAGACGAGCAUCUUCACUCGUCUGCUCCAUCAGCCCGCCGGCAGGACCAGCAAACCUGCUUUUUUGCCCUCUGCGGAAUGGGAGGUAUUGGGAAGACUGAUCUUGCUGUAGAGUACGCCUACUCUCGAAGGGACAAGUUUGACGCCAUCUUCUGGCUUGAGGCGGGCGGUGUGUCGCAGCUGGCAUCUGAUUUUGGUCGCAUACCAACUCAGUUGGGGCUUCAAACUGCAGAAGAAGCUGAAAGCCUCGAGUCAAGCAUAGAAAUCGCAAAAUCCUGGCUGGCCAACCCCUUCGCCACUGAAGGUGGGGAGGCUUGCCGGUGGCUACUCAUAUUCGACAACGCGGACAACCUGGACAUCAUUACCAAUUACGUGCCUCAUCAGGGCAAUGGUGCGAUACUUGUGACGAGCCGGGACCCAUUUGCGAAAGACCAUUUCUUCACAAAUGGUUCUGGUAUUGACCUCGAUCCUCUGCCUCUAGACGACGGCGCAACUCUGUUGCACAACCUCAUCACCAAGUCAGAUGAUUCUCGCAGUGCGGAUGAGCAAGAGGCAGCGGUCGAACUGGCGACACACCUUGACGGGCUGCCGCUGGCCGUCGCGCAGAUAGCUGCUUUUAUACGCCGCAGACACUUGUCAAUCCGAGAGUUUGUCAGCCUUUAUAGCAAUGACGCCCGAUAUGCGGAAAUCCACAACAUCGGUAGUCCACUGCAACAACGGCGAUACGGCUAUACCCUCGCCACAGCCUACAGCUUUCAGGGGCUCAACGCGAAUGCUACUCGACUGCUUCGUGUCCUUGCUUUCCUUAACCCUGACAGAAUGCAGGAGCUCAUUUUCGUCAACGCAAACGUCCCAACAACGACAAACGAGCCCUGGACCCAUUCUACCUUUGACGAUGCGCGCUACGAACUUCUCGCUUCCUCCAUCGUCAAACGCAACAUUGCCAAAAAAGAGCUGUGGAUUCAUAGAUUGAUGCAAGCCGAGGUUCGCACUCGCAUGGAUGAUGGCGAUCGGUACCAGACAUUUAACGACGCGGUUGCGUUACUCUCCAAGGUUUGGCCACCUGGUGACCAUUGCAGUCAAAAGGUGCAGCGAUGGAGACUCUGCGAAGACCUUUUACCACAUCUAGAGCGAUUUCAUCAGCUCUUCAUCGAGUACUCCGCAACCUGGUCCCAGUAUGAUGUUGACCCAGCGCUCCCAACACUCCUUAACGAGGCCGCAGUCUAUCUUCACGAGCGGGGCUUCUCACAGGAAGGCAAAGUGUAUCUCAGCCUCGCCCUUGAGCUCUGUAAGCGAGCCAAUAUUACAACAGAGCCACUGAUCAGCGAUAUGCAUCUCAAUAUGGGCGCUUUGUCCAAUGAGACAAACGAUGCUGUCGCAUGUCUAGAACACAACAUCGUAUGCCUUGAAAUUCGAAAAUCCGAGGCUGCCAAAGGCCGCGCACCGGACUUGAGACUCGCUUUUGCUUAUAGCCAGAUGGGCAUCGCAUACAUGAUGAUACGCAAGUUUGCGCUGGCCACGGCAUACUUCAAGCAGAGCGUCGAGAUGCUCAAGAUCAUCGACGGAGACCCAGACGACUUUGGGUUCCCCGCGUGUAAUCUAGGGCUAUCAUACUGGGUGCAAGGGGACCUUGACAACGCGGAUCGGACGCUCAAGGAUCUUCUCGCGCAACGAGAGCAGCUGCAUGGAAAAUUGGACACCGUAUCCUACAAAACGGGAAGAGUUCUUCAGGCUCUGGGCAAUGUGCGGGCGGGCAAGGCCAGUCGCGCAGAGAUGGAGGGCGACGGGCUGAGAGCCGCCAGGUUGUGGGACGAGUCUUUGCAGUUCCACAAAGAUUGCCUUCAGCAGUACGAAUCUACUCUUGGCAAAUUUAAUCACCGCACAGCCGAUGCGUGCCACAAGCUGGCCGAGCAUUACAUCCGACAGGGAAAGGAUGUCAUGGCACAGUGA